CUCACGACAGCAAGUAACAAACACAAAACGAAUCAGAAAAAUCUGUGUUGCUAGAUCUGAGCGCAGUUUCCAAUUCCAAUUUGAGUAUUCAGAAUGUGGAAAACCCAGUAGUCUGUAUAUAUCUCUUUCUCUCCCUACAUAUAUAUAUAUAAGAGAAAGCAAAGAAAGGAAGGAAGGAAGUGGUGGAGAUGGCGAAUUUGGGGUUGAUCACCACCUGGUUCAACAAGAAGAUCGUCGAGCCUCUCCUCGAAAUCCUUCGCAGGGGCGCCGAGCCUAAGCUAUUGGCCUUCUCUGCAGCUGUUGGCUUUACCAUCGGACUGUUUCCAAUCUGCGGGACUACUGUGAUUCUCUCUGGCUUGGCUAUUGCAUCUCUUGGAUCCCGCUGCCAUGCCCCAACUGUCAUGCUCAUUAAUCUCAUUGCUACACCUGUUGAACUCAGUUUGAUGGUACCCUUCUUGCGCUUUGGUGAAUACGUCACUGGUGGACCUCAUUUUCCGCUGACUUCUGAUGCUUUGAAGAAAGUUCUAACCCUCCAAGCUUCACAAGAAGUCUUAUUAAGUAUUGCUCAUGCGUUGUUGGGAUGGCUUGUUGCGGCACCUUUUAUUUUCGCCGCAGUGUAUGUACUCUCUUUACCAUUGUUUAAGGUGUUGGUUCACAAGUUCAGCAAAGGUCCUUCGAGCCCAAAGAGACCACUUUCUCCAUCAGAUGUCAGGCUUAAGAUUUGCUUGCAAGAGGGAGGACAAGAUGACAUGGAUGAGUUGGAAGAGUGUCUGUUAUGAAUUCAUUGCGGAAAUAUAAUGUUCAUUUAUUUCACUCUCAGGAUGACAAAAAAGAAAUUUGAUUGACAAGGUUGGAGGCCUGAUUGUUAGCAUAGGGAGAUGCUAUCGACGACAGAGAUGAUGAUGCUAAUCGGUUGGUUCAAUUCUGGGGCAGCAUGGAUGAAGACGAUUCUGUGGGCAAUGAGGCUUUGGUCAUUAACUGUACAAUCGAUAUGAUUCUUCUCAUUUCAGUAGUCUUUUCUCCCAAACUGAUUAUAGAAUAAGUAAAGUUGGUUUGUUUUUCCGAUAAGGUAAACAUCAAACCAAAAGAAAACUCAGCAUUUCUGAGUUUGCAAACUUGGGUUGACAUUCCCAGGCUUACAUAAUUUUCACCCUGCACUCGUUCCAUCAUAGAACAAAGACUAAAUUAAUUCCCAUCCAGCCAUCAGUGGGAUCUUCCAGUUUAUUGUAGCACUCCAUACCCUAACCAAGAGUUUAGGGGCGUUAGCUGAAAUUAUUAUCUUGCUGAGUAACAGGAGACUUCUCUUUUUUUCUAUUUUUUUUCAUCAAAUAGGUUCCAAAGUACAUUACCCUCACAAUCACAUGGCAUGUAGAACAAGCACAAGAUCCUUCACAUGGGAAUCGAAUUUACCAACCAUCAUGGUUUUGAUGGUCAUAGGACCAACAAGUAAGAUGGUUACUUUAAUUAAUAGAUCCUUAAUUAAUUAUCAG